AUGCUGCUCUUCUGCCCGGCCUGCGGGAACGUGCUGGUGGCCGAGGAGGGACCGCGCUGCCACCGCUUCGCCUGCACCACCUGCCCCUACGUGCGCAACGUGACGCGGAAGGUGACGAGCAGGAAGUACCCGCGGCUGAAGGAGGUGGACGAUGUGCUGGGCGGCGCCGCAGCCUGGGAGAACGUGGACUCCACCGCAGAGCCCUGCCCCAAGUGCGAACAUCCCCGAGCCUACUUCAUGCAGAUCCAGACUCGCUCGGCCGACGAGCCCAUGACCACCUUCUACAAGUGCUGCAACGCGCAGUGCGGGCACCGCUGGCGGGACUGAGCGCCCCGACACCGGGAGCCUGAGGGGCCGCCCGGGGCCUGGGCGCUGAGGCCUGAGAGGGCGCCCGGGGCCUGGGAGCUGGGGCCUGAGAGGGCGCCCGGGGCCUGGCCGCUGGGGCCUGAGAGGGCGCCCGGGGCCUGGGCGCUGAGGCCUGAGAGGGCGCCCGGGGCCUGGGCGCUGAGGCCUGAGAGGGCGUCCGGGGCCUGGGCGCUGGGGCCUGAGAGGACGCCCGGGGCCCGGCCGCUCUCCCUCUGCUAAGGCCGAGGAGCAGGCCCUGGCUGUGGGCAUGGCUCUCUUCUCCUGUAAUAAAGCUACCCCUGGGUGGAA